CCUUAAACAGGACUUGGCAGGUGGACAAGAAAUUGCAGCUCUCGCUUUCCCUGUAGGGCGCAUUUCGAGACCACUCGAGCCGCGCGCGACUGGAGCAUUUACUUCAGCGUUUGCAUAUAUCCAACAACAGGACGAUGUCAGGCUUGAAUCGCUCGUUCAACCUGCUGAGGAGUGUGAUGAGACACCAAAUCACACCUAAAGCUAAUAUUUCAGCCAAACCAGCCAAGCACGUGCUGUCCGCUGGGGAGCAAAUCUUUGUAAUGAUGACCAUGUUCGUGACCAUCCUGGGCCCCUCUGGAUGGAUCCUGGCAAAUUUGGAGGAGUACAAGAAACGUCCCGGCGCAGCUGAAUAAGAACCAUCUGCCUCUGAGCUUUCCUUCUUGAGAAGACUAUUUAACCUGUUAAGAAUGUUUUA